AUGCUGUUUUUGAAGGAUCAAUUUUGCGUCGACAACAUCUUACAAUUUCUCUACACCAGCUCCUAUUUGACCAAUAUCUUUGUCUGGGUAGAUACAAUGGCUGGUACCAAAGGCCAUUCGAGUGGCCAGAAGCCAAAAGGCUCGUCAUGGAGACGUACUGCUGAUUAUGUCUAUGCUUUCUUCUUCAUACUCCAUAUUGUGAUUAUGUUUAUGGUUGAUCUAGUUCCGCUAUACCCUGAAGCCUUGAAGCCAGCCUUCCUCGACGACAUCCGCAGCUUUUAUAUCAACACCUACCAGGACAAGUUCUUUAUCGACCCUCCAGCUUGGUUUGGAAACUACAUUGUUAUGGAGCUUGUUUACCAUGUGCCAGCGAGUAUAAUCAAUGCCUCUAAGCUUUUGAACGGUAAAUAUUCCAUUCUCAUCUUCAGACAGUAG